GCGGCGCCCUGCCCCCGCCACGACAUGGCGGCCGCGCGCUGCCUGGGCUGGCCGCUGUCACCUCUAUGGAGACUGUGGCAGCCCCGGGGCUUGCCACGGAGUUCGGCCCCGGGCUUGGGCCCGCGAGGGAGGGCUUACUCCCGCACCGCCCUCUAUGAGCUGCUGGGCGUCCCCCCGACGGCCACGCAGGCACAGAUCAAAGCGGCGUACUACCGGCAGAGCUUCCUCUACCAUCCGGAUCGCAACCCCGGCAGCACCGAGGCCGCCGAGCGCUUCACGCGCAUCUCCGAAGCUUAUCUGGUCCUGGGCAGCACCGUCCUCCGUCGCAAGUAUGACCGAGGUCUGCUCAGAGACCAGGACCUGCGCGGACCCGGCGUCAGGCCCUCCAGGACACCCCCGGCCGACCCCACCCCUCCCCAACCUCCUCCCUAUACUCCUCGGGCUCACGGAGGCACUCGGGCCUCUACCGGCGACCGUCGCACUAUGUUCGACUUUGACGCCUUCUACCAGGCGCACUAUGGGGAACAGCUAGAGAGAGAGCGGCGUCUGCGCGCCCGGAGGGAAGCCCUUCGCAAAAAGAAGGAGGGCGGAUCCAACAAGGGGCUCCGCUGGGACGAUACCCGAGAUGCCACUUUCUUUAUCCUCAUUUUCCUCCUCUUCGCCUUCUUCGGGUCCCGUGUUUAAUCGGAGAAAAGGAGGGAAGAGGAACCAGCCCAAGAAACUUGCUUUUCUUGACUUUUGAACUAUUGGUUGCCUUUCUUAACCUUUGAACUAUUGGUCUUGGAUUGAACUGACUACCUCUAGGGCGGUUUCUUGACUCUCCUAGCACCUUCCCAGCCUGGCUGGUGAUCAACACAUCCUUCUCCUAUGGUCCAGAAAAAGAGGCUCUUCCAUGGCCAAAAAAGAGCCCCCAGGAUGAAGACACCCGAAAACUAGACAUUUAAGUGCUUUCCGGAGUCCCCUGGAUGCCGGUUUGUUUCUAGAAGUUGCCUUCCAGAUGUCAACUCCCAGAACCGUUGCUCUGGUUUUAUCCAGAGGCCCUGAGCAAGCUUUGUCUUGUGCCCUGCCACAUGUUUAUACCAUGGGGCAGCACAUCCUCUGUAACCUUUGAACAGUGCAAUACUACUGGGUUGUCCGCUGCCAAAGAGAUUUAAUUCUUGGGGCGUGCAUGAAACUUGUCUUUCUGUGUUACCCCAAGCCACAGGUGAGACUUGAUCAACGCUCCAGCAGACGCUGGGGAUGUGCCUAGCUCAGUGAGAGAAUGCUAGCAUGCAGCAGGUACUGGGUUCAGUCCCCAGCACUGCUAAGGUCCUUCCGUGGCCCCCUUCCCCGCCAAGAAAAAAGUUAGUGCAAGAUUCCCAUUUUACUCAGGUCUGUUUCACACCACCUCUGUCAGGUGGGAGCCGGAAAACAAAGCCCUGGAGUAUGACGAGUAUGUGUGCGUCCAUAUUUAUCCAGGGUGUGACCUUGGGGGAAGGUGCCCUGUGGGUGUAAACACAGAAGAGUAAAUAAUUUGCUCUCCUGAGAUCUGUCACUAUGACUCAUAUUCGACUCCACAGUGGUGAUGUAGGGGGAUGCUAAGGGGCCAAGUCCGUCUUGGGACAGUGUGCCUGCCUGUCCUUGGUCUGCCUUUCAUUGUAACUGUGUGGCCUGCUCACUGUGACAAGACUUGGAGCUUGAGUUCCUGAGUGUGGCCCAUGCAUCUGCAGUGCUGAUCACAGGUGUCACAAGUCAAAUCCUGCUACCGAGAGGCUGUUGGAUUGUGGGAGUAAUUUUGGGCCCUGGAGCAGCCAGGAGGAGAAGCAGCAGGAGGCUCGCUGGUUAAGGUGGAGAUGAUGUCCAGAGUGUAGUUAUAGGCCUCUGAUCGAUGGAGGACGCUGAGGCUGGAGGAUUGUGACCAAUUACAUAGCAAGACUUGUCUUUAAAAAGAUAUAAAAUGAUGGGCAUAGUGGCUCACACCUGUAAUCACACCUUUAAUCUUGGGGGGGGGAGAAAAAAAAGAUACAAAAAAAGUUGAAAACUAGAUUCCUCAUAUGCUGCUGACCAAGGAUUGUAAUGAGUUUUUGGGAGAGUUGUCAUUUGGAUUUGGGGGAAAUUUCUGUUGUUUUGUUUUGUUGAGGUACUGUCUAGUAACCCAGGCUGGUCAUGAACUUUCUUUGUGCCUAAUACUGAACUUUUUUUUUUUAAAGAUUUAUUUAUUUAUUAGGUA